AUGGAACAGCACAAGAAAGCGUUCCUUGGAUUAUCCAGUUUCUUGGGAAAUGAAGUCGAUCCACGCCAUGCCGACUUGUUGCUGUUUACCUGCUGCUUGAGCUCGGGUUUGGUGGACAGUACGAUAUACAAAGCGUAUAACACUUUUGUGUCGAUGCAGACCGGAAACACCAUAUUCGUGGGACUAGGAGCCUCGAAUCAAAAUCCGCGCCCAUACGGCUGGGCACGGUCGUUGACCUCGAUCGGAUGUUUUGUGAUCGGGUGCUUCCUCUUUGCACGGCUCAGUCGCAUUAUUGGCGCUCGGCGUCGUGGGUCUUUGAUGCUCUCUUUCUUCAUCCAAGCCAUUAUCAUUGUCAUCACCGCCGCUCUCGUGCAGGGAGGCGUUGUGUCGAGUGCCCUUGACGACUCAUCGCAAUCCAUCACCCGAUGGGAUCAAGAAGUGCCGAUCGUGCUGCUCAGUCUUCAGUCGGCAGGGCAGAUUGUGGCCAGCCGAGCUCUGGGCUUCAACGAGAUCCCGACCGUGGUGAUCACCAGCCUCCUUUGCGACCUGAUGUCGGAUCCCAAGUUGUUUCUUCUGCGGAAUGAGAAGCGGGACCGGCGGAUCAUCGCGUUCGUGUUGACUCUAAUCGGUGCCAUUAUCGGGGGUUGGGUCACCAAGGCCACCGGUGACAUCGCCCCGAUCCUCUGGCUGUCCGCCGGAACCAAGUUUAUCGUGGCAUUCGCCUGGGGAUUUUGGAAAACAAAGGCAUGA